UAAUAUCCCAGUUACAAGGUAAAGCACUACAAUGGGCCGAUUCCAUUUGGACCCAAAAUAAUCAUCCAGUCAUAUUCUAGCUUUGUUGACCACUUCAGAGACAUUUUCGGUAGAACCGCCUGGGAUUCAUCCAUUGGUGAGAAACUUUACAAUCUAAAACAAGGAAAGAUGACUGUAAAGAAAUAUGCUCUUAAGUUCGGGACUCUUGCGGCCACAAGUGGAUGGAAUGAGCCCAAGCUCGAUGGGCACUAUUCUUUACCCACUUUAAUUUCUCAAUUUCCUAUUGACCCGGAUCCAAGAAUAUCAAGGCUGACGCCUUAUCCCGUUGUUAGACCCCUGAAGAAAACCUGGAGGAACCUGAAGCUGUAUUCCUUGAAAAACUGAUCACAAUGUGUAGGAGGCUGCCAAUUAGCUGAACAUAUACUUUUAAUUAGUGACAGUUAGCCUGCAUUGCGGGUUUUGUUUAAUAAAUUCCAUAGUGUUGUACAAUACAGAAUUUGGACAUUUUAUUUGUUCCAAGUUUAAUUGAAUAUCUUUUAAUAACAGCACAGCUGAAAAUAAACCAAAUCAAAAAUCAACGUUACAUUUAUGAUUAGGUUUUCUGAUAAGCGGGAGUACUUCAGAACUCUUCAGAGUUCUUGAAUCACGUUAUGCUGACAUCGUUAGGUUUUUAGCAGCUCUCCUCCUUGACAGGAAAUGGGUCCAGACAGUUUGAGCAUUGUUGACCCUUAUAGCUUUAAGACCACAGAUGGGAGAAAGGAGACUCUUCUAAUUCCAUUGGCAGUAGCUGAUUGUGCAGUGUGUUUGUGUGUUUGUUCCCUGUCCUACAUCACCCUGUGCCCAAUGACAUGUUGUAACAAUGUGCAAAUUUCCAAACAAAAGCAAAAUAUAUUUACUUAAUUUAAUUAUUAUUCAGCUUAUAUUACUAUGUUGCUUUUGGAUCUUUCACCGAUUAAAACAUGUAUUUAACAAUUACUGAAGUUUGUAUGAACAGAACUAAAACACCCGGAUGCAUAAAUACCUGUUCUGCUAGUUCAGUGUACAAAAAAAAAAAAAGGACAAGUUCAUUCACUCCACACACUUGAACUCACGCUUAAGAGGACUGUGUUGUUUGUUCAUAAACAGACUAACACUUCAACACAAGGGUGAUGAACAGUGAGACAGACCUGAAAGACGUUCAGAUGAGCUGACCCAUUGCACAUAGACACUCACAACACCAGUGGACGACACAAUGGCCGACAGAGAAGGCAGAUCGAGUGAGAGGAAGACUAUGGACAGACGCAAUAGGAGCCAGAGUAUGGAUGGACGCCCCAAAAUGGACCGUAGUCCAGAUUUGGAUUGCCCUUACAAAAAUGAACCCAAAAUCAAAGAAAGAAAGAAGAAUAUAACAUCAUCAGCGACUGAAGAAAAACAUGGGGGAAAAGACAAGGACUUUGGAACCAGAGUCAGACCAGAUCAAUGGCAAGAAGAGAAUAAAACAAUUUCUUCUCUAUUUCACAUGCUUCAUCUUGAAGACAGACACCAUCAUAAACUGAGAGCUGCUGAUGUUCUUCAGAUAACUGAACAUUCAUUACAGUCUCAUGAGUCUUGUCCUGAAGAAGAGCUGAUCCAGACUUUUAUAAAAAAACUACUGUUGAUGAACUACAGAGCAAGAUAUAUCAAUGUUAAUAAGGCUAAAGAACAGGUUCAAGUACAACAAAGAGACAAUAACUCUGAAGAUGAGGAUACUAUAUUUGAUAAUUUUUUUAAAGAAAAAUCUUCAUCAAACAAAGGAACAUGUCAAUCUGAUCUCAUUCACCCAAUGGAUGUUCAGAUGGCUGUGUUUCAUUGUGCUGAUGGUUUCCUGAAGCAGCUGAUGGUGACUAAACUGUCCCAGUGUCAGUACGCUCUGCCUCUCCUUGUUCCUGAUCCAGUCACAAAACAGAUUGAGUUUCCUCUCUGGACAUUCAGACAAAUCAACAAGAGCUGGAAGAUGAGAAACACCAACAAUGAGACCAUCAGUAAAUCCCAGCCGAUCUACAAGGCAGAAACUCCGAUGGUGUUUUUCUUCAGAUUUGGCUCUGUGUCUUCAUCCAAGUCUCAGCUGAUGAACAGUCUGAUCAAUGAGAAACACAACACGUUCUUCCACAGGAACUGUCCAGGGAGCAGCAGAACCAGAGUCCUGAUGGAUGGAGUGGUGGAGAUCGCCUGGUUCUGCCCUUCUGGAACAAAUGAUGAUAAAUUCACUGACUGUGUUGCCUUCUGUAAUCUACAUGGUGAUGCAGGAGACCAUGAGAAACAGCUGCAGAUCCUCACUGAAAUGGCAUCAGUCAAUGUUGUUGUUCUACCACAACCUCAGAGAAAUGACAGUGCAACAAAAAUCCAAAAACUCUUCAAGUCUAAAAAGCCACUCAUUUGUAUUUUUACUGAGGAUGAAUCUACUGUCACUGAGCUGAAGAAAGGGAAAUUCAAAAUUGGUUUGAAAGACAGAAAUCAAGCAGAUGUAUCUGAAGAACUCAGAAGAGCUAUAAAAGAUUGUCUUUCCCAAUCAUCUUCCACUUUCAGACUUGAAGAUGUGUCCAAAUAUUCAAACAUCAGAGUAGAUGAGGAAGAAAAUGAUGACUGCGGGAAUGGAAGAGAAGCAGCACAGCAGAUGAUGAGUUUACUGGAGAAUAAAGAUCUGACAGAAAUCAAAGAAUCAUUUCUGCCUCAUCAGGGGAAACUGUGGCAUCAGUGGAGUCAGAAGAACAAAGAACUACAUCGUCCUCAAAAAGAUGAGAUAGAAAUGGACAUCAGUAGAAAACAAACAGAUUUGAAUAAAAUGCGUGAACAGCAGCAUGAAUCUGACAUCAGUGAGUUCAUGAAGCUCUUUAUUAAUGAAAUUUGUUCAAAUGCUGUAACUAAAAAGAUAUAUUUUCUGAAAUGGCUUGAAAUAUUCCUGGAUGAAUAUAUUGCUGCCGAUUUUUCUACAAUACAUAAAUAUGAUGAAAAGUGGUCAACCGUUGUCAGAUUGGAAGAGAAUUCUGAUAAAUUUGAGCAACUGACAACUGAACAAACUGCACUUCAGAGAAAAUCUGAGGAACUUCAAGCUGCAGCCUUUGGUUUGGAGCACAUCAUGAGGGAGAUCGGUCAGAUCUAUGAAUCAUGUUCAUCAGUGAAUAAGAACAAGAAAGAUCUGGAGGUCCACUUCUAUUCUCUCCCGAGUCUUGCAGCAGAGAUGAUGAUCUCUGGAUUUCCUCUGGAGCUGAUGGAUGGAGAUGCUGCUCAUGUUCCUGUGAUCUGGAUCUCUGCUGUUCUAGAUGAACUCGUCCAGAAACUGGGAGACCAGCGAGUCUUUGUGCUGUCAGUUUUAGGGCUUCAGAGCUCUGGGAAAUCCACCAUGCUGAACGCCAUGUUUGGACUUGAGUUUGCUGUCAGUGCUGGAAGAUGCACCAGAGGAGCUUUCAUGCAGCUGGUCAGAGUAUCAGAAGAGAUGAAGACACAGCUGAACUUUGACUACAUUCUGGUUGUUGAUACUGAGGGUCUUUGUGCUCCAGAACUGGCUGGGAAAUCAACAAGAGAUCAUGACAAUGAAUUGGCCACAUUUGUUGUAGGUCUUGCAAAUCUGACACUGAUCAAUAUUUUUGGAGAAAAUCCUUCUGAAAUGCAGGAGAUUCUUCAGAUUAUUCUUCAGGCCUUCAUGAGGAUGAAGAAGGUCAGACUGAAUCCCAGCUGUGUGUUUGUGCAUCAGAACGUUUCAGACGUCACAGCUGGAGAGAAAAACAGGAAGGGCAGGAGACGACUGCAGGAGACACUGGAUGAGAUGGCAAAACUUGCAGCUGAAGAGGAAGUUUAUGAUGCAGAAUGUUUCAGUGAUGUCAUUAGAUUUGAUGUUCAGAAAGAUGUGAAGUAUUUUGCUCAUCUCUGGGAGGGAAACCCACCCAUGGCACCACUGAACCCAAAGUACUGUGAGAACAUUCAAGAACUAAAAGAAACUAUUAUGUCUCAUGCAGCAAAAUCCAAUAAAAUGAUGCUGAUAGAAUUAAAAGAUCGUAUUAAAGAUCUCUGGGAGGCUUUACUGAAUGAACGAUUUGUCUUUAGCUUCAGAAAUUCUCUGGAGAUUUCAGCCUACAGGAAACUGGAGACCGAAUACAGCAAGUGGUCCUGGAGUCUACGCAGUGCCAUGAUGGAGACUGAGAACAAACUACACAACAAAAUAGAAAAUCAAGUAAUUCAUGAGAUUGAAGAAACUGAUCUUCAAGGAGAACUGAAGGAGACAAGUGAAGAAGUUGAAAAAUCAAUGUCAGAAUUCUUUGAGAAAGACACUGAUGCAAAUAUACUGAUUCAGUGGAAAUCAUCAUUUGAAAUCAAAAUAAAAAAUGUUCAGGAAAGCAUUGUGAAAGAAACUAAGAGAAAAUUAAAUGAGAUUCUUCAGCAGAGAGACCUGAAGAAAAAGAUUGAUGCCCAGAGGACAAAUCAUGAAAACACUCUCUAUGAAAAGAGCAAAGAACUUGCCUUAAAACUUAAACAGAAAGCAAAUGAUGAAGAAACACUGAAAAAAGAGUUUGAUUUGUUUUGGGAACAGAGUGUAAAGAAGAUCAUGAGAGAAACUCCUUCAAUCAAAGACAUUGACAUAAUAACAGAUGUAAAAAGGCUUCUCAGUGACAUGCAUCAGGGAUACCUCACUGUAGAACAGAUAAAAGAGGACAUUGAAGACAGUAUUUUCAAUGUGAUAAGUUAUCAUAAAUACAUUAUUUUAAAAAGGUCGACAAAAAAAGAGAUUAGAGAUACUGUAAAAGAUCCUUGUCAAACAGUAAAUGCAUCAUUUGGAAAUGAUCAAAGUUUGUCUCCAGCGGACGAAGCCCAGAUCAGAUCAUUAGUCACAGAUGUUGUUCAGCAGACAGACAAAAUGAUUCAGUCAUUUAACAUUUCAAAGAUGGGCUACAACAUCAGCUGCGUUCAAAAACUCACAGGUUACAUCAAGACAAGAGUAACAGAACAUCAGACAGUACAAAUGAAAUAUGUGUUCAAGAAACAGUUCUUUGUGGAUUUAGAUCUGUCCAUCUUUAAAAGAGCAAAGGAGAAGAUCACUGACCAACACAGACUGUUCAGGGAAGCCAAUGAUCCUGUUCUCUAUUUGGAGAGGAGAAGGGAAGAGUACUACAGUAUUUUCCAGAAAUACUGUCGUGGAGCUGCAUCAGCUGCCAUUUUUGGAGAGAUCAUCUGUCAGAAACUGAAAGAGCCCAUUGAGCAGAGUGUCUACAAGAAGACUGCCAAAGAUUUGGCAGAUGAAAUGAGAUCAAACUGUGAAUCACUGAAUGGAAACAGAUCAAAUCUGGAGAAACACAUCAUGAAGACACUGGCAGAGGAGGAGGACUUUGACAAAUACAUGAACUACAUUCAUAAUCCCAGAGAUCACUUCAAGAGUUUCAUCAGAGAUGAAGUCUGUCGGUACAUCACUGAUAAAUUCAGUGUCAGUGUUUUACCAAAGAUGAAGGAGAACAUUGAACUUCUGCAGCAGAAGAUCAUGAAAGCAGCUCAUGAAUCCACUAAACAUGUUCAAGAGAAGAGAGAAGAUGAAUCUACUGAACAUGUCAAAGUCAACAGUGGGGAUGUUAGUUUGUGGUUGAAGAGUUUCACACAACAGCUCUCAGGUGAGCUGAUCUUCUCUGAAAAAGAUCUCAGUGGAGUCAAACAUGAUAAUGUUGAUGAUUUCAAACUCCUAGAAGAUGUGAUAAGACAAGAACUUCCUGCUAUAAUGUCUGACAUCAGCAAUAGAUUCAAUACAAAUACUUUUCCAGUAAAUCUGGACUGUAAAUUCAGACCAGAUGAACUUCUGAGUGAUCACUUCUGUCGGUGCUGUUGGGUUAAGUGUCCAUUCUGUACUGCCAUAUGCACCAACACCAUAGAAAACCAUGAUGGAGAUCACAGUGUUUCCUUUCAUCGUGUCAGUGGAAUAAACGGAUUAUAUUACAAUAAUACAGAUUACCUGUGUACCCAUAUCUGCACAUCAGCUGUAGCAAACAGUGCUCUGUAUUUUUAUCCCAAUGAAGCACAAAAAGUCCUCUGGAGAGAUUACAGAACAGCAGGAGAAGAGUAUGCAAGGUGGAGCAUCACCUCUGAUCUCUCUGAACUGCCCUACUGGAAGUGGUUUGUGUGUCGAUUCCAGAAAUAUCUGGAAAAACACUACAGUAAAACAUUUGAGGGACAGGGUAAGAUCCCAGAUGAAUGGAAGAAAUACACUAAAGAGAUUUCUCUAGAGAGUUUGGAUAAAUACAUUUAGUUUCUCAUUUGAAAGUCACUUUGUUUAAAAGCCUUAGAUGAAUACAUUUAAAUUUAGAUGAACAAGUAAAUUAUGUUUUAGGUCUUUGUUUUAAAAAACACAAUGUGAAGUGACUUUGUUCCUCACUCCAGUGAGUCUCACAUUAAAUCAUCAGUUCUCAGAAUACUGUACAUCAGAGAACAGUGUAGAGAUUUAAGUAGUAGAUUUAAAAAAUAUAUUUUCAAAGCUGUUUGACUUGACUCUGCAUUACAAUAAUUUCAAUUGUGAAAACUAUUUUUUUAAAAGGGGAUAUACAAAUUUUCUGCCAAUCUCAUGUUAAUCUAGAGUACCUCGAAUACGCUGAAGAGUCUUUAGUUUUAUCAGAUUUAUAAAAGACAGAUAAAGCUUGAAGAUUCUCCUAUGCAAGUAAACAAUGCAUGCACGUAGUGAUGCUGAUAAAGAACAUGCAUGCACUGCACCUUCUUUAUGAGCAGAGGAAUGCACAAUCUAUUUUAAUAUUUAGCUUGCGGGUUGGUUUAUUCUUAUUUUGUGUCAGGAGUUGUCAGAAAUACUGGUUAACUCAUGAAACUUUUGAAAUGCAAAUUUCACAAUUUCACAAUUUCUAUUACUAUUUUGAUGUUUGCAGGUCAAUUUGACAGCUGUACAGACCCUAAAUAAAAACAUGUAUUUGAUGUACAUUGUUAUGACUGUUUUCCCACCCUGUUUAGUCUUGCAGUAGUCUUCAUCAGAGACAGUAGGGAAAGUUUAUCUCCCAAAGAUUAAUAGCUGGUUAUGUUUCUGUGGGUGUGUGCCUGUUUUUUCUUUUUCUGCACUCUCUUUCACUCUCUCUGUCUUUUCUUAGACUCACCCCAGUGUCUGCCCGAUGGGGUUUCCUUCUUAAUUUACCUGCAUGAAGUCACUCUCAGUGCCUGCAGUCUAUGUUUUACAUAGAACGACAGAUAGAGUGUGCGAUAGUUUACUUUGACUCACUCACUGUCUUUGCUGUUGUUAUUGCAAUGAAUUAUCAUAACCAUUUGCUACGGUGUUAUUCUUGUGUCAGCUAUGUUGUGUUAUGUCACCUUUUAUUGUCUAUUUUUGUCAUUUUUCCACUGUUAUGAUUCUCCUAGUGACUAGUCAUUCUGUGCACCAGGGAAAAGUGGACAGGUAAGACAUCAUGUGAUAUACUGUACAUAGGGCAACAUAUAGAGGUGUGUUAGUCAGCCAUACUGUAUUUGUAUUAGAUACACUAUGUUAGUUAGGAGUGAGCACCAAGCCCUGUAAGUUUUGUGUUUAGCUAAAGCAGGGUAUCUAAAUACUGCAGACCUUUUAUUUUAUUGGUAUUUUUGACAGUUAGAAUUGGGUUUUGUUUUGUUUUCUUUGGCAUACUUGUAUCCUUUCUCCCGUGGUGCUUUCUUUUUCUUCUUUUUUUUUUUGUCUUCAUUGUAAAUAUUGUAUAUAUAUAUUUUCCAUUUUGUACCUUUUCAUUACCAUUAUUUCUCAUCCCUUGUUAUUUUUGUUAUCCUCCGAUGGUGUAUAAUAAACUCAAUUCCUUUUUCCUAAUUUUUGUCUGUCCAUUCACACAUGCACAAAAAAAUAUUAUCUAUUAAAUGUUACUUAUUUCAACCCUAGACAACAUCUAGAGUCGUAACUCCGUCUCUAGAAAUUUCACACAUUUUGGACUGAGAUACUGAUACAGAUUAAAUUAAAUUAAAUGUAUGCAUUUAGCAGACGCUUUUA